GAGGGUUGCAGUUGAUGACGUUUUGAUACCAUAUUAAUAUGUUUGCUGCUGCUACCAAGAGUUUUGUCAAGCAAGUUGGAGAUGGAGGGAGAUUAGUUCCUGUUCCAAGCCUCAGUGAGGCUGACAAAUACCAACCUCUAAGUCUGGUGGUAAAAAAGAAGCGAUGCUUUCUCUUUCCUAGAUAUAAAUUUACCUCAACACCUUUUACGCUGAAAGAUAUCCUUCUAGGAGACAGAGAAAUUUCAGCUGGUAUUUCAUCUUAUCAGUUACUGAAUUAUGAAGAUGAAUCAGAUGUUUCCCUUUAUGGAAGGCGAGGCAACCAUAUUGUGAAUGACGUUGGGAUUAACGUCACUGGAUCAGAUUCUGUUGCAGUAAAAGCUUCAUUUGGUGUAGUGACCAAACACGAAGUGGAAGUAUCAACAUUGCUCAAGGAAAUUACUACACGAAAAAUUAAUUUUGACCACAGCUUGAUACGUCAGACAAGGAGCAACAGAAAGGCAGUAUUGUGUGUGGUCAUGGAAAGCAUUCGGACCACGAGGCAGUGCUCGCUGUCUGUGCAUGCUGGAAUUCGCGGGGAAGCCAUGCGGUUUCAUUUUAUGGAUGAACAGAAUCCCAAGGGAAGGGACAAAGCUAUUGUUUUUCCGGCACACACAACCAUAGCUUUCAGUAUUUUUGAACUCUUCAUUUACUUGGAUGGUGCCUUUGACCUUUGUGUCACUUCAGUGUCAAAAGGAGGAUUUGAGAGGGAAGAAACUGCAACGUUUGCACUGCUCUACAGAUUGAGGAAUAUACUAUUUGAGAGAAAUAGAAGAGUGAUGGAUGCCAUUUCUCGUUCACAGCUUUACUUGGAUGAUCUUUUUUCUGACUAUUAUGACAAACCUCUCAGCAUGACAGAUAUUUCUCUCAAAGAAGGGACUCAUAUCCGAGUUAACCUGCUUAAUCACAACAUUCCAAAAGGACCUUGCAUACUCUGCGGAAUGGGGAACUUUAAAAGGGAGACGGUUUAUGGAUGCUUUCAGUGCUCUGUCGAUGGGCAGAAGUAUGUGAGACUUCAUGCAGUUCCUUGUUUUGAUGUUUGGCACAAGAGGAUGAAAUAAAAUGGAAAAUGAAUGUAGUGUGUUUAGGUGCAACUGUGCCACACACCUUUCCAAAAUCACCUAGAUAUGCUUUGGUGAAUUGUGGCAAAUUAAAGAGGGAAAGAGAAAUUCACCUGCCUGGGCAUCAUUUUCUUCAUCCAUAAGCAUGGAGAUGAUAAUGGUGGCUGCCCUAUAAAUUGUCAUAAAGAUUAUAUUGUUUAUGUGAGGGAUGCCUGGGUGGCUCAGUGGUUGAACAUCUGCCUUCGACUCAGGGUCCUGGGAUUGAGUCCCACAUCGGGCUCCCUGCGUGGAGUCUGUGUCUCCCUCUGCCUGUGUC